AUGGAGGCGUACGUGGACGACAUGCUGGUGAAAAGCUUGGUAGCAGGGCAACAUUGCAAAGACUUGAGAGAAACAUUCGAACUCCUUCGACGGUACCACAUGAAACUGAACCCAUCGAAGUGUGUGUUCAGUGUUUCUGCAAGAAAGUUCCUGGGCUUUAUGGUGACUCGUAGAGGUAUAGAAGCAAACCCAGAUAAAAUAAGAGCGCUGCUGGAGAUGGAGGCCCCAUGGACAAAAAAGGAGAUCCAAGUUUUGACAGGGAGGAUAGCCUCCCUCAGCAAGUUUGUCUCCUACUCAAGGGACAAAGGCUUACCUUUCUUCAAAGCACUACAGAAGAAGGGAGGAUUCGAAUGGGGGGAGGAGCAGGCCAAAGCCUUCGAACUACUCAAGCAGUACCUCGGAUCCCCUCCUCUUUUAACGAAGGCAAAGAAUGGGGAAGACCUCUACCUAUAUAUAGCAUCCACAGAAAAUGUCGUCAGCUCUGUCCUGGUUCGGGAAGAAGGCAGGAAGCAUCAACCAAUUUAUUACACUAGCAAGGUGCUCAGCGGAGCCGAAAAGAACUAUUGCAAGACAGAAAAAGCCGCUUUCUCCAUCGUUUGUGUAGCGCGAAAAUUGAGGCCCUACUUUCAGGCCCACAAGGUAAUUGUGUUAACAAACCUACCGAUGAGACAAAUUCUACAGCGGCCAGAGAGUUCAGGAAGGAUGACGAAAUGGUCAAUCGAAUUAAGUGAGUUCGACAUACAAUAUCGACCAAGGCCCGCUAUCAAGGCCCAGGUGCUCGCUGAUUUUACAGUAGAGAGGUUCUCUGACUCAUCCACUAAGCCAGACGUAUGGACACUACAUGUUGAUGGGCCAUCUAACGCUGCUGGAGGGGGAGCUGGAUUCAUCCUUUCGGCCCCAGAUGCCAGCGAAACUCUUUUCGCACUGAAACUUGAGUUCAUAGCAACCAACAAUAAUGCGGAGUAUGAAACUUUGUUAGCAGGCCUACGCUUGGAAGAUGCAUUAGGUGUGGCACAGAUCAAGGUAUUGAGUGAUUCUCAGCAGGUGGUAGAGCAGUUGAAAGGAGAAUUUGAAGCUAGGGAUCCAAGAAUGAAGAAAUAUCUCCUUAAGGCCCAAGAAUACGAGAAAGCAUUUGUUCAGUUCAAUGUAGAACAUGUACCAAGGGCAGAAAACAAAAAGGCUGACGCACUCGCGAAAUUGGCCUCAGCGACCGGUGCGGAAUGGAAAGAUGCUAUUUAUCUAAAGCGAAUAGGGAAACCCUCAUAUGAGGAAGAAAAAGUUAACUCAAUAGAGUCCGAAAUCAACAAGAAUGAUUGGAGGGCCCUUUUUUUCCUAUUUCUCCAAGACGGAUCCUUACCAGAAGACAACAAGGAAGCUCAGAGAGUGAGAAGGAAAGCAGCAAGAGGCGGUCAUCCCAGCAGAGGUAGGGAUGCCCUCUUGGCGAAGGCAAUACUUCAACGAGUAGACCAACAAUAA